UUGUUACCGCCAAUGUAUCUGUUCCCGCUUCAUUCAUUGAUAUGUAGGAGUUAGAAUUACAAAUGGCCUCUUUCACAGCCCUGUUAUUUUCAUCCUGAGUUUAAAACAAAUCUCUAUUAUUGUAAAAAUCGUGUUAUUUUACCACUCAAAUGAAUGAAAUAUAUCCAUGUUUUCAAAUGAAUCCAACAGAAAGUCUAUCAGAAGAUGAUUUAACUUUAUGCCCGAAUGAUACAACAAAAUCAGCGAAAUCAAUGAAUGCCUAUCGUAAACUGCACAGUUCAAACUCUCUUAAUUCAGAUACAUUGAAUUCCUUCAAUACUGAAUUGUAUUAUUCUGAUUUGAAUAAUAAUAAUAAAAGUAAUCAUUGUAGUAGUAGUAGUAGUAGUGGUCAUAGUAUUCAUCAUAAAAAUGAUUUUAUGAAAUAUUCCAAUGAUAUUGUUGAUUCAAGUAAACUAAAUCCUAUUCUAGCCAUAGCUAGUCAUCAAUGGUUUGAUCGAUUAUUUCACUCGAAUUCAUAUACAUCGAAUCAUUCUCAUCAUCCACGCCAUCAUCAUCAACAUCAUCAUCACCCGCAUGGACAUCAUCAACGGUCGUUGUACAAUCCUCCUCAUCAUCAACACCGUCAUCAACAGGAAAAUCAGCAGCAUAAUCAACAAACAUGCCUUGGGGGAAUGACUUUUGAAUCAUCCCAUGAAUAUUUUGGACGUAUCCGUUUAAAUUCAAAUUUUGUAGGUUAUUCUCAAAGUGAUGAAAACAACCCGCUGACACAUUCAAUAGUCAAUAGUAAUUUGGAAUUAUCCAGGUUUAAUGAUGUGCAAAAUGACAGUAGCAUUGAUGAUAAUAUUAAUGGUAAUAAUAAUGACGAAACCAAUGAAAACGAUGACAUAACUACCAACAACAACAUCAAUGUCACAAAUGCUACAAAAUAUGACUAUAGUUCAUCGCAUGGGAAAGGCACAAUAACUUCACCUACGCCUAAAACGCAUUCAUCCGAUUAUCCGACUGAAUUCAGCUUUAAUACUGGUAAAUUCACAAAUUAUUCAAAUUAUUUUACAGAAUUCAACAAGAAUGAGAUAACAGAAAGGCAGGAUAAACAGCCAACACUACCCAGUACUCACAAUAAUGAUAAUAAUAAUAAUAGCAGUGGUUUUGAUGAUAGGGAUCAUGAACCUAUUCAAAAUACCAACGACACUGUUUAUCCUAAUCGAUUACGCUCAAAAUUGAUGAGUGAAAUAAAUGAACCUGCAAAGAAAUUGUGUUAUAGCUUUAAUAGUGAAUGCAAUCCAACAGAUAUUAGAGAUAAUCAGAGUGUUAAGAAUACUGGGAUCACGGAUAAAAGUUAUCUUGGCUCAUUUCAAAAUACAAAAGUUGAUGAGUCAUGUAUGAAUUCGAUAACAAUGACAAGUAGUGGGAAUUUCAGUAAUCAGCCAUCAAAAUCCCCAGUAAAUGAUUCGUCUUUAUCUUCACCGGGGCAAACAAAUUCACAGAGAACAUUGAAUACUGAAGGGACAACAACUACAUCUUUAUUAGAAUGGCAUUUAACGUCGGAAAAUAAUUUUAUCGCAAAAAUUAAAUCUGAUCAUAGUAAUGAACAUUUGGAGCCUAAUUCAAAUGGCAUGUUUACUAAUGUUUCAAUGAAUAAUCCUUUCAAAAACAAUGAUAAUACUACUAAUAAUAGCAAAGAUUGUGGUGUUUACGAAGAGAAGUUGAGCACUUCUACAGAUAGACAUUCACCCCCAUUGUCAUAUUCAUCACAAUCAACAGAGAAUUUAAAUGAUGAGUCAGUACGUGGUGGAAAUUCUCAACAUGCUUCUUACUUACAUCCUGCUCCUGCUCCUCCUGCUCCUCCUGCUGCUCCUCAAAAUCAUCCUCAUCAACACACGGACAAGUUAUGCUCAGAUGUUAAUAAUGAAUUCUUGUGGAAAGCAAAUCCUCCUCCAGGAGGAGAUUUAAUGAAUUAUGAAAAUGAAAUAAGUUAUAUUAAAAAUCGUUGGAAUACUAAUCAUCACUUCCUGAUGAAUAAACUGCGUUUUGGUGGUAAUUUAAGCACAACAAAUAGUGCCGUAUUUACCAGUAGCAAUAAUAAUAAUGAAAUGAACUAUCCUGAGCAAAAUCUAACUGAUAUAGCCGGUACUAGUAGUAGUAGCAAUAGAAGUCACAUUGCUGGUUUCGAUUCAAUGAUCCCAUGUAUAUCGCAUAAUUUUUUAACAAAUUUCACACGAACAUCUUAUGAUGGAGGACAGAAUAAUUGUUUACAAGAGAAUUUAUAUGACCUGUCAUCAUCAUCUGGCCACCAUCAUUUGAACUCACACAGCGGAGGUUUUACAAAUCCAACAAACUUUUUCAAUUUAGAUAGCGGUAGUAGUAGUAGUAAUAGCACUACGAGUGGUAGUCACCCUGUGUCAACAUCCUCUUCCAGUGAUCAUAACAGGCUAGAUGAUGUAUAUGAUAGAACGGAACAAUGUUUAGGCUUGAAUAGUCUUUCUCAACAUCAUAAUCAUCAUCAUAACCAUCAUCAUCAGUUCAUGAUGAUGAAUAAUUGUGCCAAUGAUUAUAGUAUGAAUCUUUCAAACGAUGUCACUAUGGCAACAGGAAGCGUGAACGACUUUAAAACCGGUUUAAAUUAUUAUCUGUUACCGCCGGUAAAUGGUUUCACUGCUAAUACUGACGCUUCUCCGUGUCAAAUCACAAACGGGGGAAUAACAUCGAAUAAUUUUAAAAAUCGUUUAACUGCAUCAGCCGGUGGAUAUUCUUCACAGAAUUUCACUCAUUCUAAUCUACUGAAUUGUAGUCAUUCAAAUACAUCAAUCUAUCGUCAUCCAGUCGAGUUAGAUUAUAAUCCAAGAGAAUUGGAAGCCUUCUCAGAAUUGUUUAAACAAAGACGUAUUAAACUUGGUGUAACACAAGCUGAUGUUGGUAAAGCCUUAGGUAAUCUAAAGAUAUCUGGUGUCGGCUCAUUGUCUCAAUCAACUAUAUGUCGUUUUGAGUCACUGACUCUAUCUCACAAUAAUAUGAUUGCACUGAAACCUGUACUCCAGGCAUGGCUUGAAGAAGCUGAAGCUGAGGCUAGUUCACGUUCAAAUCACCCGAGUAUUUAUGAUUUAGAAGAAGAAAGACGACGUAAGCGUACAUCGAUAACUGAUUCAGAGAAAAGAUCACUUGAAGCAUUUUUCAGUAUUCAACCGCGUCCAUCAUCGGAGAAAAUUUCACAGAUUGCAGAGAAACUUAAUUUGAAAAAGAAUGUUGUUAGAGUCUGGUUUUGUAAUCAACGUCAAAAACAAAAACGUAUGAAAUUCUCUACACUGGGCAUGUUACAUCAUUCUGCAACUCGGACGUAGAUAAAGUAACUAGGUUGACAAG